CAAUCCAGCAAGUGUUAUAGUUAGCUGUAUAAACGGUCCCUUUAGUUCACAUUCAAGUGCAAACCCAGCUUUGUGGCACAUCUUAGUAAAGUCUAACAUUCUUACCUUCCCCAACCCUCUAGGGAAGUUUCAUGUAAUGCUGACGUGUCGGUUUUCACAGGUAGCUAUAAGCGAUCCAACCCUAAACUUUCCGUUUCCACAUGUCGAUCUACUAUUGUUGGCCGUGUUUCCAGGUCACAGUAACCUAAUAACAAAGGGUCACCCUACCCACGCCUGUAUCGAUUCUUUAUUGAUGGCCAGAGGUGCGAGUGACCCCUGCAGCUAAAUAAAGGUUCUUGGGGCUGAAGUCAAGUCAUUACCCUUUUUAUGAACUUGGCAGUCAACUAGGCAGUGAUUUGAAGCCUGCUGUAGCCUGCUGUCAGGUGUUUGCAUUGCUUCCCGCUCAAGCGCCAAGAAAGUAGUCACGGCGCCGGUCUCCUGACAUUGUAAGUGAGUAGCCUCGUGUCUCGUGUCUGCAUUUCUUACCUCACCUGCCUAGGAAAUGGGAAACAAACUGUUGGCGUGAAACACGCUUACCCUAGCAAGGUAAAUGUCGCAGUAGGUGCUAACACCUAACAAAAACAUUGAAGGAAGUCUGCAAGAACAUGGUGACCGUGGAAAGAAAGAAGAUCGGCCAGUAACAGCUCUCGACCGGGUGGUGUUGUCCGCUGGAGGUCUCGUGAUGGGUAACGAGGUAGCCCGGGUGGAAACAGAAACCGAGGACUGCACUGUCGUCAUCUUCGAGGACGAGGAUGAAGUGAACAGCACUCCCAAGGACACGUAUUUCGUGACGAAACUCAACGCUGUGGAGGUCACCGGAGUGCCGAAAGGUCAGGCCAUCAAAGUGGGCGUGGUUUACGACACGGAUGAGAGCGGAUCCCAGCGCUUCGAUCUCUUCAGACUGCGGCACUUGGGCACUUUAACGAUCCAGACUUUAAGCAAGCAGAAUGGAGUCACAAGAUGGGUAGGGGGACAACUUCUAAACAGAAACAUGAAGCUCAGCAAAUGAAGCGGAACCAGGAGAAAACAUUCAAAAGGAAACACAUAGGAUGACUAUUGAACACAGAGUUUACUGAUCUCCAUCUCCAACUAUGGGCUCUUCACUCUUGGACACGCAUGCAGUCCACACGUGCUCGCAGACUCACAAUUUCGAAACGUUUCUUCCCUUCUCGAAAGGACACAAAUACAAAUAAAUGUUUUUUAAUAUUAGUUCCACUUUACAUGAAAUUUGAGGACUCAAAAGCAAGACACCAACAGCAGUUCGUAGUAUCUAUAAAAGCAAUGGUAUACGGACUCGGUGCAGCAAUGACAAGCAAAGAAACAUUAACUUCUCUUAAUGAAAGUAAGCGUUUAGUUGGAUAUAUGUGUUUCUUUUAGGUUUUCAACAUCUUCAAGCUGCAGUUAAGAUAAAUUAUGCGAGAAUGUGUCCAAGGUGCGCCUUUCUGUAACUCAUUUUUUGUCCUCUACUCAGUCACAAACACCUCGUGUUCUCACUGUAAGACAAUAUGUCUUCCUCUUUUAAAUUUUUCUCCAUCAAUAGAUUAGGUUACUGAUGAUGAUGAGGAUUGAUGAUUGAUGAUGAUGAUGAUGGCCAAACAUAGAAAAAUGUUAUUAAAGGCUGUUGGCGUAUGACAUUGGUUCUACAAUGGACACCACUUUGAUAUUACUAUUAAAAAUAAAUUAUUUGCUAUUUAUUACCCAGUAUUAUUGUUGCCAUCAUCUUCCUCGUCGACAUCAUUUUUGUAAUUUGAGACAGAGGACACUGACAUCCGUUUGUAAAGAUGAAAUACAGCACCACUGUAACCAGAUCCAGAUGUUAUUCACAAAUAUUUGCGGUAAACAUUAACAUCGGCAUUUAUCCAAAGUUGCAUGAAAGAAAAGAAUGAGAAAGGAUGAUAAUAUGACAAACCGGCGAAAGAGUAAGUUACACUAGUGAUGUUUGAAAAAGCAGCACUUGAAAGUUUUCAGAUGUACUCAUGGUUUAAAAAGAACUUAAGGAGCCAGAAAUGUCCAAAUUUGGGGGCAAAAGAAAGAGAAGGAAUGUGUGCCAACAUUCACGGGUCUAAUUCAUGGCACAAAAUAUUAUCCACGUUCAAUUGUCGCUGGUAAAGAAUACCUCGGAAGAAAUACCACUUUAUUUGCCAUCACAGGUUGUUGGCUAUAACGACACCAUAGAAGGGGAAAAAACUCCUAUAACACUAAAACAUCAUGCCUAAAAGAGUUGCUUCCCUUUGACAUUGUCUAGGAAGGACGACUUGAAUACGUUGAGAUAAGCAUAAAAUUUAGAAGAAUUUUAAUCUUCAAGGCUGUCCGAUCGCAAAUAACAUUCUCAAUGAUAAUAGCAGCAGGACGACAGUGUACAAACAAUACUGCGUAACAUCAGACCACGGACAUGUACAGGUGGAUUGCUGUCUGUCUGCCAAGACCAACACUUAGUCUCUUGCGAAGUGAUCCGCUGUUAGUCUCG